AACACCCGAUGUUUUACUGAAUGUUGCCCCCCUUUUCAACAUGGCUGUUGUAUCUGGUCUCUUCAGUAACGCUCCGAUUGGAGAUUGACUCGACUCUCGACAACUUAGUGCCUCACAAUACUGUCUCUAAUAUCGAUACUUCGGAAAAUAUUCUGUUUAGCAUUUUGAAAUUUCCCUUAUUUUGUUCUCCAAACGAUUCUUUACCAAGCACGGCGUCGGGCCUUUCAUUUCACCCCACUAAAACAGCCAGCUGCCAACAUUUUGAAUCCAUCAACAAUUUCCAAUGGUUUGAGCACACUUUUUUCCGAUUUCGUCUUUUCUUAAUGAACAAUGUGCGAAAACUGCGCCGAGCUGGUGGAAGUGCUGAACGAAAUCUCGGAUGCAGACAGUUCAGAUGGCCUCCAGCUGAAGAAGGAACAUGCCUUAAAAGUGUUCAGCUACAUCAGCACAUGGACGCAGAGGCAGUGUCUUUGCUGCUUCAAAGAGUACAAGCACCUUGAGGUCUUCAACCAGCUGGUUUAUGCCCUCAUUAACCUGGUUAUCGCCCAGGUUACCUGCCUGAGGGACCGCCUCUGUAGUAGCCAUGGCAACAGUACUGUUGAAGGGGCGGGCUCAGGGUGGGGCCCUGCCCACCCACAUCCUUCUCCCAAUGAGGAGGAACCACUGAAUGUGGAGAGAGAUUCGGCAGAGGAGGAGGACGGAGCAGGAGAGGCCCUGUCUUCUGAGCCACAGAAGAACCAGUGCCAGGGAGGCCAGGCUGAGGCGGUGCCCAGUGCGGAUGAGGACGCGGCCGGGGAGAGCGCGGCUGACGCCAGCCUGGACCCUUUCACUACGUGGAGCACUGAGGAUGGGGAGAAAUUGCUGCUGUGUGCCGCCAAGAUCUUCCAGAUCCAGUUCCCCCUGUACACCGCCUAUAAGCACAACACACACCCUACUAUAGAGGACAUCUCUGCACAGGAGAGCAACAUCCUCGGCUCCUUCUGUGAUAUGAAUGAUGUGGAGGUGCCUCUACACUUGUUGCGUUAUGUGUGUUUGUUCUGUGGGAAACAUGGUCUGGCUCUGAUGAAGGAAUGUUUCGAGUCAGGCAGCCCCGACACCCUCCCCUUCCCCAUUGCACACGCCUUUAUAACCAUCGUCUCUAACAUCAGAAUAUGGCUGCACAUCCCGGCAGUGAUGCAACACAUCAUCCCCUUCCGCACACACGUCAUCAGGUAUCUGUGUAAGCUGUCGGACCAGGAGCUCAGGCAGAGUGCGGCGCGGAACAUGGCGGACCUGAUGUGGAGCACGGUGAAGGAGCCACUAGACACCGCACUGUGCUUCGACAAGGAGAGCCUGGACCUUGCCUUCAAAUACUUCAUGUCCCCCACGCUCACCAUGAGACUGGCAGGCCUGAGCCAGAUCACGAACCAGCUGCACACCUUUAACGAUGUCUGCAAUAACGAGUCUCUGGUGUCUGACACGGAGACGUCCAUUGCGAAGGAGCUCGCCGAUUGGCUCAUCAGGAACAGUGUGGUGGAGCACAUUUUCGGACCAAAUUUGCACAUUGAGAUCAUUAAGCAGUGCCAAGUGAUCCUGAACUUUCUGGCUGCAGAGGGCAGACUGAGCACACAGCACAUAGACUGUAUAUGGGCUGCAGCUCAGCUGAAGCACUGUAGCCGGUACAUCCAUGACCUCUUCCCCUCCCUCAUCAAGAACCUGGACCCAGUGCCUCUUAGACACGUCCUCAACCUAGUGUCUGGCCUCCACCCCAGCGCACACACUGAGCAGACGCUGUACUUGGCGUCCAUGUUGAUAAAGGCGCUAUGGAACAACGCACUAGCAGCUAAGGCCCAGCUCUCCAAACAGAGCUCCUUCACAUCGCUUCUCAACACCAACCUGCCCAUGGGCAACAAGACAGGUUCCCCGGCAGCGAGUCCAGAGAGCAGUGACAACAGUGACACGCAUCACAGUGGAGGAAGUGACAUGGAGAUGGAUGAGCCAAUCAUGAGCAGCGGCAAACGAGGCCAGCAGAGGCUGUCUGACACAGAGGAGUCCAUGCAGGGAAGCUCGGACGAGACGGCCAACAGCGGCGAGGAGGAGGGGAGCAGCCGUCCCGGCAGCAGCAGUGGGCGGAGCGAGGCCUCCAGCAACGGAGCGGAGUCUAGCCGGGCCAGCCAAUCGGCCGGCAGCCCCGGCAGCGAGCUCCACUCUGACGACAUGGCCGACAGUGAGGCCUUAAAGGAAGAGGAGGAGGAAGAGGAAGAAGAGGAGGAGGAGGAAGACGACGAGGACGAUGAGGAGGACGAGGAAGAGGAGGACGAAGAAGAGCGGCCAGCCGCCGCUGCCGAGGGCAGCCCGCGGAAGGAGGCGCGGGAUUCCCGCGAGCCGCUUGCGUCCGAGUUUCGCAAACGGAAGGCCGGGGAGGCCCUCGGGGACGUCCAGGGUCCUCCGGAAAGGCCCGGAAUUCCCGGGCCAUCAGCCUCUGGGGCCAUCGGCGCAGGUCCUGGGCCGAGCCUCCCCAAACCCAAAACCCUGCCUUUCACCCCGGAGGUGACCGUUGCCAUGGUCACCCCUACCUCCUCUUCCUCCCUGCGGAUCUUGGACGCCUGUUCUUCCUCCUCGGCCUGUUUGGAGGGCUCGUCCGGGGAGCGGGUCGACCCCUCCGCCCUCCCUCAAUCCCACAAUCCUCCACAGCCUCAGACUCAGAAAGGUCUGGGGGCGGAGAUGGGUCCCUCGCACGUGGCUCCCGCUUCCCAGGAGCCACCGUGCCUUCCACGGACUGCUGACUUCCUGUCCGAAGCCAUGGGCAACGAGCUGUUUGGAUGUAGGCGCUUCAUCAACCCCCAGCACCACCACCAUCACCACCACCAUCACCACCAUCACCACCACCACCACCACCACCACCACGAAGGUCACAUGGUGGAGGACAUGCUGAGCGCGGACGAUGUGAGCUGCAGCAGUUCCCAGGUCAGUGCCAAGUCGGAGAAGAACAUGGCGGACUUCGACGGCGAGGAGUCUGGCUGUGAGGAGGAGCUGGUGCAGAUCAACUCGCACGCGGAGCUCAGCUCCCACCUGCAGCAGCACCUGCCAAACCUGGCCACCAUCUACCACGAACACCUGGUACAAGGGCCGGCAGUCCAUAAGCACCAGUACGCAGGCCACGCUGUGACGGACAUCAACCUGGACAACGUGUGUAAGAAAGGCAACACGCUGCUGUGGGACCUGGUGCAGGACGAGGACGCGAUCCACCUGUCGGCGGGGCUGAUCGGCGAGGCAGAGAAGCUGCUGUGUUCCCUCGUCUGCUGGUUCACCGACCGUCAGAUACGCAUGCGCUUCAUUGAGGGCUGCCUGGACAACCUGGCCCACCACCGGUCCGUGGUGGUGUCUCUGCGUCUGCUACCCAAGCUGUUCGGAACCUUCCAGCAGUUCGGCUCCAGCUACGACACACACUGGAUUACCAUGUGGGCAGAGAAGGAGCUGCACAUGAUGAAGCUGUUCUUUGAGGACCUUCUGCACUACAUCCAGGAAGUGCGGGAGCAGCGUCAUAAGUUCUCCCUAUAUAGCCACAGUGCGGAGGUGCAGGUACGACUGCAGUUCCUCACCUGUGUGUUCUCCACGCUGGGCUCCCCGGAUCACUUCAGGUUGAGUCUGGAGCAGGUUGACAUCUUGUGGCACUGCCUGGUGGAGGACUCUGAGUGUUACGACGAUGCGCUGCACUGGUUCCUCAACCAGGUGCGCAGUAAAGAUCAGCACGCCAUGGGCAUGGAGACCUACAAACACCUGUUCCUGGAGAAGAUGCCGCAGCUCAAGCCGGAGACCAUUAGCAUGACGGGGCUCAACCUCUUCCAGCAUCUCUGUAACCUGGCCCGGCUGGCCACCAGCGCCUACGACAGCAACUCCAACUGUGAGCUGUGUGGGAUGGAUCAGUUGUGGGGUAUUGCCCUGAGAGCGCAGUCAGCAGAUAUCAGUCGAGCUGCCAUCCAGUAUAUCAACUCUUACUACAUCAAUGGGAAGACGGGCCUGGAGAAGGAGCAGGAGUUCAUCAGUAAGUGUAUGGAGAGUCUGAUGAUUGCCUCGGCCAACCUGGAGAAGGAGCCGCAGUCCAGCCUCACCAUCAUAGAGAGGGGCUUGCUCAUGCUCAAAACACACCUGGAGGCCUUCAGGCGCAGGUUUGCAUAUCAUCUACGUCAGUGGCAGAUUGAGGGGGCAGGAAUCAGCAGUCACCUCAAAGCUCUCAGUGAUAAACAGUCUCUGCCCCUCCGCAUUGUGUGCCAGCCUGCUGGCCUGCCUGACAAGAUGACGAUAGAGAUGUACCCCAGCGAUCAGGUGGCAGAUUUGAGGGCAGAGGUCACACACUGGUACGAGAACCUGCAGAAGGACCAGCUCAACCAGCAGGCUCAGCUACAGGAGUUCAACCAAAACACAGCACGCCAACCAGAGUACCCAGGUGGUCUGAUGGGGCCUGUGCGGAUGAUCUCUUCUGGUCAUGAACUCACCACAGACUACGAUGAGAAGACUCUACAUGAGCUGGGCUUCAAAGACAUGCAGAUGGUGUUUGUGUCCCUGGGCGCCCCCCGGCGGGAGCGUAAGGCAGAGGGCGUCCAGCUGCCCGCCUCCUGCCUGCCCCCACCGCAGAAGGAGCACAUCCCCAUGCUGCUCCUGCUGCGCGAGCCGCACCUCACCACGCUCUUUGACCUGCUCGAGAUGCUCGCCUGCUCCAAGGCGCCACCGCACGUUGCCCAGAGCGCACGGUGUGAGGAUCUGCACCUGCACGCGGAGAACCUCUCUCGACGCGUGUGGGAGCUGCUCAUGCUUCUGCCUACAUGUCCCAGCAUGCUCCAGGCCUUCCAGAACAUCUCGGAAGACGCGGGCUCUGAUGGCCUUGGCUGGAAGGAUCUGUUAAGGAUAAAGUCUCCUCAUAAGCUGCUGUACGCUCUAGAGAUUAUAGAAGCCUUGGGCAAACCAAACCGGCGAAUACACAGAGAGUCAACGGGGAGUUACAGUGACCUGUACCCAGACUCAGAUGACUCCAGUGAAGAUCAGAUUGAGAACAGUAAAAACACGUGGAGCUGCAAGUUUGUGGCGUCCGGAGGUCUUCAGCUCCUCCUGGAGAUUUUUAAUUCUGCCAUUCUGGAGCCCAAGGAGCAGGAGUCCUGGACUGUGUGGUUGCUGGACUGUCUGGCAUGUCUGCUGAAGCUCAUAUGCCAGUUUGCGGUGGACCCGGCUGAUCUGGACCUGGCGUACCAUGACGUCUUCGCCUGGUCUGGCCUCACGGACACGCAGCGCAAGAGGGCGUGGCCUGGGAAGUCCCGCAAGGGCACCGGGGAUCAUGGGAAGGGCUUGCACAUACCACGGCUUACCGAGGUGUUCCUCAGUCUCGUCCAGGGCACCAACCUCAUCCAGCGACUGAUUAAUGUGGCCUACACUUAUGACAACCUGGCACACAGAGUGCUGAAGGCUCAGUCAGAUCACCGGUCUCGUCAUGAAGUGACCCACUACUCCAUGUGGUUGUUGGUGAGCUGGGCUCACUGCUGCUCCGUGGUGAAGUCCAGCCUGGCAGACAGUGACCAUCUGCACGACUGGCUGAGAAAACUCACCCUGCUCAUCCCUGAGCCCGCGGUGAGACAUGAGGCCUGCAGUGGUCUGUAUAAGCUCUCUCUGUCGGGUCUGGAGGGAGGAGAGUCCAUUAACAGAUCCUUCCUGCUACUGGCCGCCUCCACACUGCUAAAAUUCCUCCCAGACGCCCAGGCGCUCAAACCUCUUAGAAUGGAGGACUAUGAGGAGGAGGCUGUGUUGCGAUCAGGCUGUAAGGAGUAUUUCUGGUUGUUGUGUAAGCUCAUUGAUAACAUCCACGUUAAAGACGCCAGUCAGACCACACUCCUCGACCUGGACGCUCUGGCCCGGCACCUGGCAGACUGCAUCCGCAGCCGUGAGAUUCUGGACCAGCAGGACAGCGCGGUGGAGGACGAUGGCCUGACGGGCCUGCUGCGCUUGGCCACCAGCGUCCUGAAGCACAAGCCCCCGUUCAAGUUCUGCCGCGAGGGCCAGGAGUUCCUGCGGGACGUGCAUGACGUGCUCUUCCUGCUGCCCAGCCUGAAGGACCGCCAGCAGCCCAAGUGCAAGAGCCAGGCCGCGCGCGGCGCCGCCUACGACCUGCUGGUGGAGAUGGUGAAGGGCUCCGUGGAGAACUACAGACUGCUGCACAGCUGGGUCAUGGCCCAGCACAUGCAGGCCUCCCACGCGCCGUAUAAAUGGGACUACUGGCCGCACGAUGACGUGAGGGCCGAGUGUCGCUUCGUGGGGCUGACCAACCUGGGGGCCACGUGUUACCUGGCCUCAACCAUCCAACAGCUCUACAUGAUCCCAGAGGCCAGGCAGGCCGUCUUCACUGCUAAAUAUUCAGAGGACAUCAAGCAUAAGACUACACUGCUGGAGCUACAGAAGAUGUUCACAUAUCUCAUGGAGAGCGAGAGGAAGGCAUAUAACCCGCGGCCGUUCUGUAAGACCUACACCAUGGACAAGCAGCCUCUCAACACAGGGGAGCAGAAGGACAUGACGGAGUUUUUCACCGACCUCAUCACCAAGAUCGAGGAGAUGAGCCCUGAACUGAAAAACACAGUCAAGACCCUGUUUGGAGGAGUCAUCACCAACAACGUGGUCUCACUGGAUUGUGACCAUGUGAGUCAAACAGCAGAGGAGUUCUACACUGUGAGGUGUCAGGUAGCCGACAUGAAGAACAUCUACGAGUCUCUGGAUGAGGUGACGAUCAAAGACACCUUGGAGGGAGACAACAUGUACACCUGCUCCCAAUGUGGGAAGAAAGUGCGUGCGGAGAAACGGGCGUGCUUCAAGAAGCUUCCACGCAUUCUGAGCUUCAACACCAUGCGCUACACCUUCAACAUGGUGACGAUGAUGAAGGAGAAGGUGAACACCCACUUCUCUUUCCCGUUGCGCCUCGACAUGACGCCGUACACUGAGGACUUCCUCAUGGCCAAGAGCGACAGGAAGGAGGGUUUCCGUGACGACGGAGAAGGCCAGGCCGCGGAGAGCUACGAGUAUGACCUGAUCGGGGUGACGGUGCACACAGGCACGGCGGACGGGGGCCAUUACUACAGCUUCAUCAGGGACAUCGUCAACCCUCAUGCCUACCGCAACAACAAGUGGUACCUGUUCAAUGAUGCGGAGGUGAAGCCCUUUGACUCUGCCCAGCUGGCGUCCGAGUGUUUUGGAGGGGAGAUGACGACCAAGACGUAUGACUCAGUGACUGAUAAGUUCAUGGACUUCUCCUUUGAAAAAACUCACAGUGCCUACAUGUUGUUCUAUAAGAGGGUGGAGCCUGAGGAGGAGAAUGAGAAGGAUUUCUGCUUUGAUGUUUCUCCUGACCUACUGGAGUGGAUAUGGCAUGACAAUAUGCAGUUUCUACAGGACAAGAACAUUUUUGAGCACACUUACUUUGGGUUUAUGUGGCAGCUGUGUAGCAGUAUCCCUAGUACUUUACCUGACCCCAAAGCUGUUUCACUCAUGACUGCCAAGCUCAGCACAUCGUUUGUUCUGGAGACCUUCAUUCACUCCAAAGAGAAGCCCACGAUGCUGCAGUGGAUCGAGCUUCUCACCAAACAGUUUAACAACAGCCAGGCAGCAUGCGAGUGGUUUCUGGAUCGGAUGGCAGAUGAUAAUUGGUGGCCAAUGCAGAUCUUGAUCAAGUGCCCAAACCAGAUUGUACGACAGAUGUUCCAGAGGUUGUGUAUCCAUGUGAUCCAGAGACUGAGGCCAGUGCAUGCUCACCUGUACCUGCAGCCCGGCAUGGAGGAUGGGUCGGACGACAUGGAUGCACCCGUGGAGGACAUCGGAAGCCGCUCGUGUGUGACGCGCUUCGUCAAAACCCUGCUGUCCAUCAUGGAGCACGGCGUGAAGCCUCACAGCAAACACCUGACGGAGUACUUCGCCUUCCUCCACGAGUUCGCCAAGAUGGGCGAGGAGGAGAGCCAGUUCUUGCUGUCACUGCAGGCCAUCUCUAUCAUGGUGCACUUCUACAUGGGUACCAAGGGCCCCGAGAACCCACAGGUGGAGGUGCUGUCCGAGGAAGAGGGCGAGGAGGAGGACGAGGAGGAGGACAUCCUGUCCCUGGCAGAGGAGAAGUACCGCCCCGCUGCCCUGGAGAAGAUGAUCGCCCUCAUCGCCCUGUUGGUGGAGCAGUCGCGUUCCGAGAGACACUUGACGCUGUCUCAGAGUGACAUGGCGGCUCUGACCGGAGGGAAGGGAUUCCCUUUCCUGUUCCAGCACAUUCGGGAUAGCAUCAACAUCCGCCAGACCUGUAACCUCAUCUUCAGCCUCUGCAGAUACAACAACAGGCUCGCUGAACAUAUUGUCUCCAUGCUCUUCACAUCUAUAGCCAAGCUCACACCGGAGGCGGCGAACCCUUUCUUCAAGCUCCUGACCAUGUUAAUGGAGUUUGCAGCAGGACCUCCUGGCAUGCCCUCUUUCGCCUCGUACAUACUGCAGCGGAUCUGGGAGGUGAUAGAGUAUAACCCGUCCCAGUGUUUGGACUGGUUGGCCGUUCAGACUCCCCGUAAUAAGCUCGCUCAUAGCUGGGUUCUUCAGAACAUGGAGAACUGGGUGGAGCGUUUCCUGCUGGCCCACAACUACCCUCGUGUCCGCACUUCUGCGGCAUACCUGCUGGUGUCCCUCAUCCCUAGCAACUCGUUCCGCCAGAUGUUCCGCUCCACACGCUCCCUCCACAUCCCGACGCGGGACCUGCCCCUGAGUCCUGAAGCCACCGUUGUCCUGCACCAGGUCUACAACCUCCUGCUGGGCCUGCUGGGGCGAGCCAAGCUGUACGUGGACGUGGCCGUCCACGGAACCACCAAACUGGUGCAGUUCUUCAGCUUCAUGACCUACUGCCUCAUCUCCAAGACGGAGAAGCUCAUGUUUUCCGGAUACUUCAUGGACCUGUGGAACCUCUUCCAGCCUAAACUCUCUGAGCCGGCGAUCGCCACCAACCACAACAAGCAGGCUCUGCUCUCCUUCUGGUACAAUGUGUGUGCGGACUGCACGGAGAACGUGCGCCUCGUUGUGCAGAACCCCGUGGUGACCAAAAACAUCGCUUUCAACUACAUCCUGGCGGACCACGACGACCAGGAGGUGGUGCUGUUCAAUCGCAGCAUGCUGCCCGCCUACUACGGCAUCCUGCGCGUGUGCUGUGAGCAGUCAGCCGCCUUCACCCGCCAGUUGGCCUCUCACCAGAACAUCCAGUGGGCCUUCAAGAACCUCACGCCCCACGCCAGCCAGUAUCCUGGGGCGGUAGAGGAACUGUUCAGCCUGAUGCAGCUGUUUGUGGCUCAGAGGCCAGACAUGAGGGAGGAAGAUCUGGAGGAUAUUAAGCAGUUUAAGAAGACCACCAUCAACUGUUACCUCCGCUGCCUGGACGGCCGCUCGUGCUGGACCACGCUCAUCAGUGCCUUCCGUGUGUUGUUGGAGAGUGAUGAGGACAGGUUGUUGGUGGUCUUUAACAGAGGGCUCAUCCUCAUGACUGAGUCAUUUAACACUCUGCAUAUGAUGUACCAUGAGGCCACGGCCUGUCAUGUGACUGGUGAUCUAGUGGAGCUCCUGUCCAUUUUUCUCUCAGUGUUAAAGGCCACCAGACCAUACCUGCAGCGCAAAGAUGUGAAGCAGGCUCUGAUUCAGUGGCAGGAGAGGAUUGAUUUUGCACACAAACUGCUGACUCUGCUCAACUCGUACAGUCCUCCUGAGCUACGCAGUGCUUGCCUGGACGUGCUGAAGGAGCUUGUGCUACUGAGCCCACACGACUUCCUGCACACGCUCGUGCCCUUCCUGCAGCACAACCACUGCACCUAUCACCAUAGCAACAUCCCAAUGUCGUUCGGACCGUAUCUGCCCUGCAGAGAGAACAUCAAACUAAUGGGGGGAAAGAACAACAUUCGACCACCCAGACCUGAACUCAACAUGUGCCUCCUGCCCUCCAUGGUGGAAACCAGCAAGGGUAAAGAUGAGGUCUACGACAGGAUGUUGAUGGACUACUUCCUGUCCUACCACCAGUUCAUCCACCUGCUGUGUAGAGUGGCCAUCAACUGUGAGAAGUUCACAGAGACUCUCGUCAAACUCAGUGUCUUAAUGGCGUAUGAAGGUUUGCCACUGCAUCUAGCCCUGUUCCCCAAACUGUGGACUGAGCUUAGCCAGUCUCAGUCCACAUUGGCUAAGACUUGUGUGAAUCUCCUGAGUGAGGACCCUGCCUUUGGAGAGUACAUCAAGUGCAUUCUGAUGGAUGAAAGGACUUUUCUCAAUAAUAAUAUCGCUUACUCCUUUCUCACCUGCUUCUUACACAAGGUCCAGCCACAGGUCUUGUCCGGACCGAGUUGUUCCAAUCUCAUCAGUGUGCUGAUCACCAACCUGCUGAAUGAGUACCACUCCCUCCAGCCUGAGCCAGCCAAUCAGAGCGCAGAGCUCAGCAAGACCAGCAGCCUGCUCAAUGCAGAUUUGCGAGCCCUGGUGCUGAUGUUAUCAAUACACACCCCUCAGCAGUUGGACCCUGCCCUUGGACCUGCCCUGCAGGAGUUACUGACCAAAUGCAGGAUCUGCCUACAACACCGCUCCACGCACACACUGGAGACUAAAGUUAAAGCUGAAGAGGAGGGUGCCACCCCCGUGAAGCGGCGCCGUGUGAGCAGUGACGACGAUCGGCCAGGGGAGGGCAGCACCAGCUCCCUGGUGGGCGGAGUCUGCCCCCACUCUGCCUCGUCCUCGCUGGUGCCCUGCGCAGAGCCAAAGGCGGAGCCAGCCGAGGCAUUAACACCCAACAGCACAUCGGACACAGAAACCCGAGACUCCUCCCUCAUUGACCCCGGGACGGAACAAGACCCGCCCUCGCCCGAUAGUGCCUCGCCUAAGGAGGAGAAAAUGGAGGCAACCUCAUCCUCGUCCUCGUCCUCGUCCUCGUCGUCCUCAUCUUCCCUGCCUGAGGUGUUCGGGCGGGCAGACGACGCAGCGCUGCCGACAGGCUCGGGCCCGACAGCGGACGGAGAGCGGGAAGAGCGUGACGGAGAAGGAGAGAGGAAGGACUCGAGGGAGAAAGAGGAGCAUGAGAGGGAGAGCGCCCCCAAGGCUGCAGCUGACGAGGCUAUUCUCCUGCUCUCCAGCCUUCAGGAUGCAGGGGAGGGGCGGAGCUGCACGCUGCAGGAAGCGGAGUCAGGGGUGUGUGGCCACACCCCUGCACAGGGGCUGCUGAAUUCUGGGCCACAACAGACGGACAUCCUGGACAUGCUGUACCGCACCGCAGAGGCUGCCAUCGCCGUGGUUACCAAACUCUCCACUGGUGGGAAAGGAGGGUUGCGCCCCUCUGCUUCAUGACGUAACUUCCUUUCUUCUCCACCCUCUUCAUUUUCAGUUUGUUUGUUUUUUUGUCGCACCUUUUAAAGUGUCCGUCUGUUCCCUGCUCUCUGUUCACCUGUUGGUUAGAAUACACGCCUGCUUGUGGAGAAAUGGUCAGGACCUAUGAAGCCUGACCACCAGUGGUGGUUACCACAGUUACAUCCACAGUCAACAGCUGCUCCACUCCCAGAUGAAGGGGGGAAAAAUUAAUCAUGACAAAUUAAAGGAAAGAAUAGCAGCUGUAGCACAUUUCUCAAAGGGCAAAAGGUAUUUAUUUUCCUUUUUCUGUUGUUUGUUUUGUGUUUAUUUCGAGGUUGCUGUACUGACACAGGGGAAUGGUUUACAGAGAUUAGGUCCCUUCUGUUCUUAAUUUAAUUUGCGUUUUUAAUCUUUGUGUUGUCUUCUGUGCCAGUUUUGUACUCAUCAGAGUGAGGCAGGACAUUGCCUUGCUGAUUUAGGGGUGUUUUAGGUUUUAUUUCCCCUGUGGUUAAUAUUGAAGCUACGUUUACUUGUACAUUUAAACAGAAAGAAAAGAACCACGACAAACUUGAUUCUGUAAAGAAUUUUAUAGUUGUUGCCUGGCAUUGUAAAUGAGAUGAUUAAAAGUGUGUGUUUUAUAUAUAUAUAUAUAUAUAUAUAUAU